AUGCAAGGUGGCUUUAGAGGAAGUUUCGUACUGUGGGUACCGGGCAGAGCUGACUACAGGCUGAGACCAUCCGGCAUCGCCGUCGGCACCAGACAGACCUUGUGGGUGGUCGGAUUCAACUAUGUCAUCAACUACGGCCGAAACGGCAGACCUCUGAAAAAGAUCGAGCUCGAAGUAGGCACGAAGGCGUACGGCGUCGGCGUUAGCCGCAAUACCCUGGUGUAUGUGAUGGCGGUAAGGAUCCAAGGCAGUACAACAGAGAAGGAAAUAUAUGUGUACGCUGAAACAGGCGGUGUCUUCAUCAGGAAAGUGAGUCUCGGCCCGACCACGUCCUUGGGACCGUUCUACAUCACAGUCAGCAGCCUCAUCUACAUCGCAGACACGUCUAGUGACCAGGUUGACGUGUACAGUGUGAACGGCGAGCACGUGUCCCGGUUCGGGGAGGAUAACCGGUGCGGGGUGGAGCUGAGCUCGCCGCGGGGCCUCAGCACGGACCGGCAGGGGAACGUGCUGGUCACGAGCGAGCUGGCCGGCCGGGUGGACCUGUACUCCCCCCAGGGGCAGUUCAUCAGGCACGUGGUGACCGGGCUGCGGCGGCCCAAGGACGUGACCGUAGCGCCGGGCGGCCGGCUGGUGGUCAUAGACCACUCUCCCCAACCCGUACAGAUCUUUAAGUUGAACUAUAAGUAA